UUCCAGAAACUCUCUGGUCUGGUUUAGCGGUGCGGCAGCUGCCCUCUCUCUCUCUGCUCGUGAUCAGAAAAUGGAGGAGGACGGAGGAGAAGCAAAGACAAAGGCAAUGUUAUGCGAAGAGUGCAAAGCCAAAGAAUCCAAGUACAAAUGUCCCGGUUGCUCCAUACGCUCCUGCAGCCUCCCCUGCGUUAAAGCCCACAAGAUUCGUACCUCUUGUACGGGCAAGAGAAGCCAAACCCACUUCGUAACCAUCUCUCAGAUGGACGAUAAUCUCCUCCUUUCUGACUACAAUCUGCUUGAGGAAGUGAAGAGGGUUGCUGAUUCUGCUCAGAGAUUGAGGAAUAAGUUGUGCAGAUACAAUAGUUUUAGGCUGCCCUUUCAUCUUAAGAGCCUACGCGGUGCUGCUUUCAGUCGCAGAACCAAACUCUUGUUUUUGCCUACUGGUAUGUCAAAGAGGGACAAAAAUCAGACCCGAUAUGACACAAGGAAGAAAUGCAUCACAUGGACCAUUGAGUGGCGGUUUCAUUCUACAGAUGUUGUUCUAAUUGACCAUGGAGUAAAUGAAAACAUGAACCUAUCCUCUGUUCUUGAAGACCAUUUACAGCCUGGCCCAUGGAAUCAUAAGCUGAGGCAAUUCUGUAUAGAGCAGCUGGAUUGUCUCAAGCUUUUUAUUCGUAAACGCCCAAAGGGCACCAGGUCACCUUUUCGUGAGUUAGAUUUAAGAGUUCCAAUCAGGCAGCAAUUAGCCAACCUGGAUAUUUUGGAAUACCCUGUCAUCUAUGUUUUUCUUCCUUCACACAGUAUUGAUUUUGAAGUCGUUAAAGAUGUCACUCGUAAUGUUCACAAACAAGAGCUUCAGAAUUAUGGAAGUAAUGACCCAGGUGCAGGAGGUGUACCCUUUAGGGAGGAGGAAAUAGAAGAGGACAACAGCUGCCCUAAGGUGUUAGAUCUAAAGGGACAUGAGACUUCAGUUUCCCUGCCUCAUAUUUCCAACAACAGCAGGUGUGAGAAAGGGAUAAAUAAUGCAUCAGAUAGAUCUUUGUCUGCAACACUAGCAGCAGAAAAUGGUUCACAUUCCAGCUCCAAGGAUAAGGAACAAGGCCUUUUUGAAGACAUGGAGUUUGAUUUUGAUCAAGGCUUAAUAGACUCGUAUUCAGAUCUUAUUGCUGAAAUUAAUCCUGAUGAUUUUCUUGAUUUGGAUGGUGAAGGGAUAGAAAGAAAUCUUUCAGGUAUCAGGGAUUUCUUAUUAUCAGAUGAUGAUAUAGAGGAAGGGGAAAUAUUAGAAUGAUCGGACUCAUUAGAUUCCCUGAAAGGAAUCAAAAGAGGGAAUUUCCGAGGAGCAAAAGCCCCUAGAAAUUGCUGACAAUACAAGUAUAGUGCCUUUGGUGGCAUUGAGUUGGCUGUUUCUAUAUACUUUCGAGUAAUUUCUGGUGAUAGCCAAUCUGGAAAAGUUUGAUUUCUCUGUAUGAAUUCUUAAGUGGUAUUUGUACUCCUGGCGUUUCCAUCACCUAUCACAUGUCAAUUCCUCAAACUUGAAGUCCAGAAAUAGGUUUCUGUCCUGAUUGGACUCUGAUUCUUCCUCCAGCUUGCUGCAGUUAAGAAAUUGGAUAUAUUUGCAACGGCAUGGCACCUAUACAAAUCAUCAGAUGGUUAUUGUAAGCUUCUAUUUAUUAAUUUUGUAACCGUUCAGAGAGUUGAGUUCUGUUCUCCUGGCAAUUUAUUGCAACUUUAGUAUCGAUUGCAUGUGUUAACUGCUUGGAUGAAUGAGGUAUGAUUUAUAUUGAUUCAAUAUUUGCUAAUUUUGAUAAGUUUCAUGUGUGAUUCUAA